GUGUUUCCCAUGAUGCCGUGCCCGUUGGGCAAAUUCAAACAGUAGAAAUGGAAGAGGAAUCAAGGAGAGGAGAGUUUGAUUGUGUGAACAUGACUGUCAUCAAACAUAGCAACACCAACGAAACUUCUAACAACAGCUACAAUAACACAGUUAUUCACACCGACCAGUCUACAUCUCAGGAAGAAGAAUCAAAGGUUUUAUCUGAUGGAGAAAAGGAAAGGGACAUUUUGUGCCGUGUCGAUGAUCCUGAAUCCACUAAAUCUAAGGUGGAAAAUUUGUGCUUGCUGGAUAGUGGUGAGUUUGAGAGAGACGGGGACCCUUUAAACCCAUCAGAAGACAAAGAAAAUAAAAAUAUCCUCACACAUGCAAGAACAGAACAUAGAGGUGACGGUCAAGAUAUAGGUUGCCAGCAGAUUGAUCCUUUGGCCAAUUCUUCUGGUAGUCAGAGAGAUUGUGAAUCUAGUGGAGUGUCUGCAAACCAUGUUGAUGAUGAGGAAAUAUUCAGGAAAGCAAGAGAAGAAGCACGAGUGAAUGUUGUCUUUCCCGGUCGUGUCACCCAGGAUGGCUGCUGUAGAUUUGUUUGUGAGCUUCUGAAGUGUGUCCUUUACCAGCGGCAGCAGAUGCCUAUGACAUAUGACCAAAUGGUGUUCCUCCAGAAACAGCAGCAUAAUGCCACUCAGACAGAGGACAUGGUAAACCGACGGUCUGCAAAGACAUCUGAGGGCUUGGACUGGCGUCGAUGCCAGCGGACAUUGCAGGAGCUAGAUGAAGUGCUGGCUCACCUUGAGGCAUUGUUCUCUCUUAGCCAGGUUCCUCGCGUGCUUUUCAUGCUGGGUGGGUCUUCCGUCCUUCCCACCGAGCUGUAUGAGGUGAACAUGGAAGCGGUGGCCGUGGGGGCCGGGGAAAACUGCUUAAGGACCUCAACCUGUCUAAGACAGCUUUUCCGCACGUUGUUUGUAGCUGACCUGUUGUCGGAUGCCAAGUCUGUGCGCCUCAUGACUACCACGGUCAUGGCUCUGGCUCACCGGGAUUGUGGCGUGACCGGGUUUAAGCCCAAAGUGGAUUUUAAAGUUCCCACAAAAGUGAAAAGGCAAGUCAUCUCUAUAGCCAGUGAUUUGUCAAUCACCGGGGAUUUACAAAAAAGUAAAAGAGAUCUGGAGGACUAUAUAUGGUUUCAAGCCCCUGUCACUGUGAAAGGUUUCUGUAAAUGAUAAGGGAAUAAAGAGUAACAGAUUUCAGGGAAUGUUGAAAUACAAUUCAUUCCAUUCUCAGGGAUCACAGCUGUAUGACUGGCCAAGAAGUAUGAGCUAUUGUUUUUUUGAUUAUUAUUAUUCAGGAAUUCUGUGUGAAUUUUAAUUUUUUUUUUAAACCUCAGAUUAUUUAUGCCAUGUUUACAUUGUCAUCUGCUAAUCCAUAUAUUUUACAGUAUACAGUGGUGGUUUUCUAAUGUUUAAUAAUUUUGGCUGCUACUCACUCCAAGACCAUUUGUACCAAUUUGUAAUCACUAUUAAUUAAAGCCAA